UGCUAAUUUGACAAACUUCCAAAAAGGAUACCGAUGAUUAGUGUCGGGUGACCGAGCAGUCGUUUGUGCAAUGACAGCUCUGCUUAUCGGCUGCCUUUGUUUGGGUCUUCAUUCGAAUGUAAAGGAGUGAUCACCAUGGUGGGUGUGGCCUGCAGGUUGGAUCAGGUGAGGGUGUGAUUCCCGCCGCACAGUGUUGGAGGCAAACAUAUCUGGACUGAAGAAGAAUGGCUCGGAAUGUGAACUUUGACCUGAACCACCCUCAAAUGGAAGCCGGGCUUGAAAGUCCGGUUGAUGAGGAGGGUGUUCAUGACUCGUUUCACCAACUGAUAAAUGAGCAGACACAGAGAGGAGCGAGGUCUGAUGCCUUCGAGCUGCAGCCGCUACAAGAAGACCUGGAGCAGGAGAAUGAAGAUGAAAUCUUGUACAUGCCUGACUCCAGAGGGGACCUCAGGGAUCAGAGGCGUCAUGGGAGAGGAGAGGACCUCGUUGAGGAUGAAAGCCAGACGGACCCCCUUAUAGCAGAUCGGUGGUCCUCAGCCACCCUGAAGAUCCUGUCGUCCAUGCCCAGUCGCACCAUUGGCCGCAGCAGAGGAGCCAUUAUCUCUCAGUACUACAACAGAACCAUGAAGCUGCGGAGACGCAAACAGAGCCGGCCCACCAUCCACGAGUUCUCUCGCUCAGCCAGGCCCAGCAUCCUCGGCUACGGCAUGGAGACGGACGGCACUGAGGAAGAAACAAAGAAACGAGAACGGCUGGUGAACAACCUGCAGAAUCUGUCUGUGAGUGACCGGGUCAGGAUGCUGCGAGGGAUGCCUCUGAGUGUCCCUGAAAAAAGGGAACUUAGGAGGUUAGCAUUACAGAAGGAGCGCCGCACGCUCUCAGGCAGCCAGAUUCCCUGCUACAGUCGACUCAAAUAUUACAUCAUCAUUGCUGUGAGACAUGGCUGGUACAGCUUGCUCUCCUUCCUUCACUCCCUCCAGUUGUGGCAGGUGGCCCUGAAGCGAGUGAGCGGACGUUUCGGCACUGGAGUCCUCUCUUACUUCCUCUUCCUCAAGACCCUCCUCUUCUUCAACCUCUUCCUCUUCCUGGUGACCGGUGUGUUCUUGGUGCUUCCACAAGCGGUGCAUCCUCCGAAACUGUUGCAGGAGAGACCAAAGUUCGCAGGAUUGGAGCUGCUCACUGGAGCGGGUUAUUUCACAGACACAGUGAUGUACUAUGGGUACUACUCAAAUUACACGCUAUUGAGAGGUUGCGACCACGGGGGGAAGAAUGAGUCCGACCAGACCAGUCCGGAGUGUGAGCCCGGACGCCUCUCUUACAAAAUGCCUCUUGCCUACUUCUUCACCAUCAGCAUGUCUUUCUUCAUCACGUGUAUUAUACUUGUUUACAGUAUGUCCAAAACAUUUGGGCAGAGUUUCCGAAUCGACAAAUCUCACAGUAUCCUGGCCAUGAAGGUGUUCUGCUCCUGGGACUUCAAGGUCAUCAAGGGCUCUUCAGUGCAACUCAUGUCUGAGAAUAUCUGCACUCAGAUCAAGGAACUGCUUGCUGAAGUCAAUCAUAAGAAGGUCACCAUCACCAUGUGCCAGAGACUGCGGAAGCUGAUGAUUCACACUCUGGCCUGGUUGAUUUGCAUCACCUGCAGCACAGCCUGCUUGCUUGGCAUUUACUACUUAUCAGAACACAUGCACCAGAACCUCCAGCAUAGCGUCCGCUUCAUUCAGGACCCGCUGGUGAAUGAGGCCAGUCUUCUGGCACUUCCUGUGGUUGUGUCCCUCAUAAACAUGCUGUUGCCAGGCCUGUUCUACUUGGCAGCCUGGAUGGAAGACUACGAGUCACCGUCCGUACGCACAUAUGUGGCCAUCUGCAGGAACCUGAUGUUAAAAGUGAGCAUUCUCGGGGUGCUCUGCUACCACUGGCUGUAUCGAGUGGCUUCCAACCCGUCGAGUAUUGGCCUGCCGUGUUGGGAGACGUUUGUAGGGCAGGAGCUUUACAGAUUCCUGCUGAUGGACUUCAUCUUCACUCUGCUGGACACUCUGUGUGGGGAACUGCUUUGGAGGGUGUUUUCUGAGAAGGUGCUUCAGAGACGGAGGAAGCCUGUGUUUGAUAUCGUCAGGAACGUAUUGGAGCUCAUCUAUGGACAGUCAUUGGCCUGGUUGGGAGUUCUUUUCACUCCGCUUCUGCCUGCUGUGCAGAUACUGAAGCUGCUGCUGCUCUUCUACAUCAAGAAGAGCAGCGUGAUGAUGAACUGUCAGGCCCCCAGGAAGCCCUACAGAGUCAGCCAGAUGACUACGAUCUUCAUCACGCUUCUCUGCUUCCCAUCUUUUCUCGGCGCCUCUGUGUGCGUCACAUACACUAUGUGGAGCAUCACCCCGUCGUCGUCCUGCGGCCCGUUCCGUGAGCUCAAAACAAUGUUUCAGGCUGGCAAAAUCUGGGUGCAAGAACUGGAAAAAGACAACCCCAAACUUUCAGUGCUAGCCAGUGUCCACACAUAUCUAGUGGAAAACCCAUUUUUCCUGUUUGUGGGAGCUGGGAUCUUUCUCAUCGUCAUUUACUUCCAUAUCCAAGUUGUGGAUGGCCAGAGAAAGAUCAUCAGCUUGUUGCAGGAGCAAAUACAAAAUGAGGGAGAAGACAAAAAAUUCCUCAUCACUCGUCUGCAGUCCGUCCAUGAGAAGAAAAAGAGUCCAGCUCGACGACUCACCAGUCAAGACUCUUCCUGUUGAAACCAAACCUCUGUGGUCCUGGUCUGAAGACGUCUCUCCCCCUCCCCGGCCUGGCAGCACUGGAACAUGGAGAACUAUCAUCAACCUUCAGUGUGGGCACAAUUUUAAGGGGCGAAAACAGGGCAUCAGUCCACUUUUUAUUACUCACUAAGUUUUAAUGACAUGAUAUACAUUAUGACCACCCUGCCAUCAUCGUUUCACCAUUCAACUGGCAGCUUUUGUUCUGUGUUUGUGGUCAGCGCGGUUUAUGAGUGGUUGCUAGCUGGGGUUAUGGAUCAAAACAGGAUGUUAAAAGCCCUUUUUGAUAAAACUUUUACAUAAAGAAGUUGAUCAAGACUUCCUCCUACUGAGCUGUGUAGCCGUAGGUCAGUCCAGAAACUCAAAAACUGCUGUGGCUCACAGCAUGGCGACACUUUUCUGUCUGGAGCUUUUAGCACAAUGAGAACAAUAGUAGUUUAUUUGUUGGAUAGCAGCUAAUGAGAGACAUCAAUGAGCUGUGUCCUUCCUCAGAUCCCCACACUUCCUUCCUUAAACUGCAUUUGAAUGCACUCACGAGGCAGCAAAAAGGGAAAACGAAUUAGGUGGUCAUAAUGUUUUGACUCAUAGUGUUUUGACAGUAAAAGGAUCUAUAUUUGCAUAUAUUUUCAUCUCUUGAAGUAGCACUUUGAUUGAAACUGUGACAAUAUUUUAACCUCAUUUGCUCAAAUAAUUGUAUUUUAAAUGUUUUUGUAUGUGUUUUUAUGUUGAUUUAGUAAAGGAGAAUGAUUGUACAGGGCCUUACUUUAGUGGAAGUUGACUGUUGUUUUGUUCGGAAGACAAGUUUGUAAUCGUUUAUUAAAUUAUCUUUUAUCAUGUCUGUGUGUAGCCUCUGAAGAAUUAUGAAAUGUUGGGUUUGUUUACCUUAGAUUUUGGAACUUGAUUUGAUGUCUUUGAUCUAUCUUUUUCAAAUGUUAUUAUCAUAUUCCAAAUAGUUAAUUUCACAAAUUACAAAUGUGUUAUUGUAUAUGGGUAAAAUUAUGUAUUCGUAUAUAAUAUA